CUCUAUGGACGCCGGUACCAAAGAGUAGGAGUACGUUUGUGUCAUGGAUAUAUCAUUACAUUUUUGCCGGUAAUUUAAUGGCGUCCUCUUUGUAAUUCCUCGUCGUUUGUUCCGGCUUUCAGCAAAACUGUAUUUUAUCCUUAAUUAAAAAGUUAAUCCUAAUAUCAAAAUGACGAUCGGAAAAAAUAACAAGAUGCAACAGCAUCUUAAUUAUCGUGUAAGAGUGAUUUUACAAGAUUCCCGUACAUUCAUUGGGACAUUUAAAGCAUUUGACAAGCAUAUGAAUUUGAUUUUGGGAGAUUGCGAAGAAUUCAGAAAAAUCAAGUCGAAAAACAAUAAGACUGCAGACAGAGAAGAGAAGAGAACUCUCGGUUUCGUAUUGCUUCGUGGCGAGAAUAUUGUUUCUCUUACAAUUGAAGGACCGCCGCCUCCAGAAGAAGGCUUGCCCCGUGUUCCACUUCCUGGGGCGAUGGGAGGUCCGGGUGCCGGCAGAGCGGCAGGCCGCGGCUCUGGUAUGGGAGCCCCUCCAGGCUUACAGGGACCAGCUCGGGGCGUCGGAGGGCCCUCUCAUCAACAUAUGGCGCCAGGAAGAGGACAGUUGUCUGCUCCUCCACAGAUGCGCGGCGGCCCUAUGAUGGGAGGACCGCCACCAGGAAUGAUGGGCGCACCUCCUGGAAUGGGCAGAGGAGGCCCCGGCGGACGUGGUCCACCGCGCCGAUACUAGUUUAGUGAUAGUGAUUCAUACUUGUGGAAUAAGUAUUUGUUUAAAGAAUUUAAAAUAAGACAUUACCUGCUAAGGCCCAGAAGUUGUGUACAGUUUUUUGCAAUUGUGAAAUUCUACAAUAAUUCCUUGUCCUAGGCUGAUUGUGACAGGCAUAUACCUAAGAUGCAUUUUGAUAAAUGAUUACAGUAAGUAA